AUGGAGGAGGUGCAAAAGAGUUGUCAAUACUGGUCUUGUCGCCGAGGCUUGUCCAAAGUCAUCAACGUCAACGAGGGCUGCUUGCAACGCAAAGCUCUCAUGCGGGUCACGAAUCUCAUCGCCCACGUUACUGUGGACAGUUUCUGCUGUAAGGAUGUUUCCUUGGUGUCUGGAGUUAAGCUUGAGAAUAUCGGGGUGUUUCAAGUUCUUGCCGCCCUCGCAGAGGGUGAGAUGAAGUGGAAUGACUGGUUCGGUGUUGCCGCGCGGGCGUUCGUCGGAUGCCCACUCUCGCCAUGUCGUUCAAUAUGGAGGCAUUACCAUCAUUGCGCCAUGGCUGGAUAUGUCAACAAACAUGGCACGCAACGAAUCAUUCUCCAUGGAGGCCAUCGAAGAUUGGGCGUCCUUGCCGGUGGCCUUGGGGAAUUCAGGAUUCAGGGUGUCAAAGGCGACUUUGCCGUCAUCGACGCAUCUGAUACAAAAGUAAUGAUCGCCCGGACCAUGGAGAAAGUGCAAGCCAGCAUUCUAAAAGCCAAUCCAGAGAGAUAUCACCAGCCACAGUCGUUACAAACUCUGGCUUCCGGGUGCCACCGACAGUCAUUCGCGCCUGAUGGACCCAAGCAGCGCCAUUCGAGCUCUUCCGCGACUAAAGAGCCCAAUGACAUGUAAUCACC